AAUGCCCAUGAGAUGUUCGACGAGCAGGUGUCCACAUACUUGUGGGCAUGUAGUGUAUUUAAUCAUGGCUGCAGCUGAAUGAAUGUUCAGAAACAUCUAACGAAAUUAAUUAGGCUAAAAUAUGUUGAAAUAUUAAGAGGUAAAGAAAAUAACGCUAUCCGUGCACUGUUAUCCAUUAUGACGUUUGCAGAUAUUUUUCGAAUCAGCAAAAUUAGGACACCAGGAAAUAAAAUAUCACAUUACGAGAUUCGCUUAUGCAAACGGUCUGUUCUUUGCCGGCGUGGUCAGACAUAGGUCUGUCCCCACCGCGAGAGCAAAAAGAUGGCUAAUACUGUGGAUGAGGACGAGCAACAACCAUUCCCUGCUGAAUGUAAGAUCAUCAGAGUUACUGUGAAAACACCAAAGGAAAAAGAGGAAAUCGCCAUUCCAGAGAACAGCUCCAUCAAACAGUUUAAGGAGGAGAUAGCCCAGCGGUUCCAGGCACAAACAGAGCAGCUGGUACUCAUCUUUGCUGGGAAGAUCCUCAAAGAUGCAGAUCUGCUGAGUCAUCAAGGCAUCCACAACGGACUGACCGUCCACUUGGUCAUCAAGACCCAGAGCAGGCCUCCGGAGUUGUGUGCCUCUCCUUCCAACACCACUGCCUCAGAACAGGCCCAACCAGAAGGCCCUACCUCUGUACCUGGACCCCCUCCUGUAGAACCUACCUCUGUCCCUCGACCCUCUCCUGCUUCUUCAGCCACCCCUACCUUCAGCCUUGGUCUAGGCAGUCCAGGGACAGCUGCUGCGGGGCCUGGUCUCGCUGAGCUGCAGAGGCAGCUGAUGUCCAACCCUGAGCUGCUGGCCCAGAUUAUGGACAGUCCCUUGGUCCAGGGCAUGCUGUCCAACCCAGACAUGAUGAGACAGCUCAUCAUGGCCAACCCCCAGAUGCAGCUGCUGCUGCAGCACAACCCCAACAUCACCCACCUGUUCAACAACCCUGACGUCAUGAGACAGACCCUGGAGAUAGCACGGAACCCGACCAUGAUGCAGGAGAUGUUGCGCAACCAGGACAGGGCACUAAGCAACAAUGCCCUCCGCAGGAUGUCCACUGAUGCUCAGGGACCCAUGCUGAAUGCUGCUGCUCAGGAACCGAUUGCAGGAAACCCUUUUGCUUCUCUGACGACCUCGUCAUCAGGGGAAAUCCAGUCACCCCGGGUGGAAAAUGGAGACCCCCUCGCCAACCCCUGGGUUCCCCCUGCUUCCACAGACACCGCCACACCCACCACUACCCCCACCCUGUCCAGCAAUGGCCCUCAGACCACCCUGCACAACCUAGGUCCCACCAUGGGAGCAGCUAUGUUCAAUAGUCCGGGAAUGCAGAGUCUUCUGCAGCAGAUCACGGAGAACCCCACACUGAUGCACAACAUGCUGUCAGCCCCCUACAUGAGGAGCCUACUCAACAGCCUGAGCCAGAACCCUGACCUAGCAGCACAGAUGAUGCUGAACAACCCACUGUUUUCUGGGAACCCUCAACUGCAGCAGCAAAUGAGACAACAACUCCCAAUGUUCCUCCAACAGAUGCAGAACCCUGAGAUGCUGUCGGCCAUGUCCAACCCCAGGGCCAUGCAGGCACUGCUGCAGAUCCAACAGGGACUGCAGACCCUUGCCACUGAGGCACCUGGAUUCAUACCAGGGGUUGGACUGGGAGGAGUCGGCUCAGAUCUUAACCCUGCCCCUGGAUUGUCAUCAGACCCCGUUCCUAGUGACCUCAGCAGUGGGUCCCAGGUAGUCACGGAAACGGGUCAGCGGCAACAACAACAGUUUGUGCGUCAGAUGCUAGACGCUCUCGCUAGCACCAAUCAGCAGGCUCAGACUGAAGAGCUGCUGUUCCAGGAGCAGGUGGAGCAGCUGACGACCAUGGGCUUCCUCAACCCAGAGGCCAACCUGCAGGCCCUCAUCGCUACCGGGGGAGACGUCAACGCCGCUGUAGAACGACUGCUGGACUCGCUAUCCUUGUAAUACACACACACUUCACAUGUGCACAUACAAUUAACAAAUUCACGUGCGCACACUCACUUGUACAAUCAUGCAGUUGUACGAUCAGAUGCUUGCACAUUCUUCACUCACAGAGAACUAGUGAAACAUGCACUCCUGAAUGCCAUUUAUAUUGUAUAUGUAAGCUGCUGAACUGUGAAGUGCAGGCCUGUCUGUGCUGUAUGUUCUGAAUGGCCUUAGUUGGUUCAGGUUCUAAUCUGGAUCAUGCUGGCUUCUGCCACAUUCCUUUAUGCAGAGUCCCAUCCUACCUAAGAGUCCCAUCCAAGACUCUUAAGAAUGAAUAUGCUGCUAGUCUCGCAACAAGAUGUAUUUCCCUGCUGCUACCAAGGCCUUAAACUCAAAUCAGGAAAAUAACCCAAGGGUUCCCUACUGGUGACCCUUGAGAGCAUGUGUAUAGCAGUCUUAGUUGUGUGUGUGUGUGUAAUGUGAACAGACUGCAUUCAUAAUGCACUAAAUGCUAUGUGUUCUUUUUGCCACUUCAUUGUGGUAUAGACUAGGGGAGGCCAGUUUUGCCACUUCAUUGUGGUAUAGACUAGGGGAGGCCAGUUUUGCCACCUUCAUUGUGGUAUAGACUAGGGGAGGCCAGUUUUACACCUUCAUUGUGGUAUAGACUAGGGAGGCCAGUUUUACACCUUCAUUGUGGUAUAGAC